UGAGAUGCUGGAGAUCUGCGCAGUUAUCAGAGUUAUGACGAGUUCACAAGGUUUAUUAGUGUCAGAUAAGAUGAAGAGCAGCAACGUGAUCAACGGACAAUAAGGAACUUUUCUGGAGCCUAGUAACACCUUCAUCUUCAUCAUCAUCUACAGAUGGACAUGGGGACAGUGUUGUGUUUCUGUCUCUCUGCGGUUCUGUUGCUGUUUGUAUUUAUUGUUUAUAAACUGGGUUUAUUUUACCAACUCCUUCAUAAGACGGACAGGAAGAGUCCUCGGCAGGGAGGCGAGAGCGUGGCAGAGGUGCUUCAGGCUCAUGGCAUCAAGUUCGUGUUCACGCUGGUUGGAGGACACAUCUCUCCUAUCCUGGUGGCAUGUGAGAAACUGGGGAUCCGUAUCAUAGACACUCGUCACGAAGCCACAGCUGUGUUUGCUGCUGAUGCAGUGGCAAGACUCUCAGGUACAGUAGGUGUGGCUGUGGUAACGGCAGGACCAGGGCUUACCAACACGGUUACUGCGGUGAAGAACGCUCAGAUGGCCGAAUCCCCUCUUCUUUUGAUGGGUGGAGCUGCUGCCACCCUGCUGCAGGGUCGAGGAGCUUUGCAGGACAUUGAUCAGAUGUCCCUCUUCAAGCCACUCUGCAAGUUGUGUGUGUCGGUGCGGAGUGUGAGGGAGAUUGUGCCCACUGUGAGAAGAGCUCUGGCCGUGGCUCAGUCCGACACACCAGGUCCUGUUUUUAUCGAGUUCCCCAUAGACACUCUUUAUCCCUAUCAUCUGGUAGAGAAAGAGUUUUCUCCUAAAAGCUCUCCUAAAGGAAUCAUGGGAAAUAUUAUUGCAUGGUACCUUCACAAUCAUCUAACUAACCUUUUCGCUGGAGCGUGGGAAGUGCGAGACAUCUCUCCUCUGCCUGUGUACAUACCUAAAGCUACAGACCAGGAGGUGCAAAGGUGUAUAGAGCUGAUAAGCCGAGCUAAGAAGCCUGUGAUCGUGUUGGGCAGCCAGGCGACGCUUCCUCCAACACCUGUCACAGCUGUCCGUAAAGCUCUGGAGUCUUUAGGGAUUCCCUGCUUCCUUGGUGGGAUGUCCAGAGGGAUGCUGGGUAAGGACAGCCCUCUGCAUAUCCGACAGAACAGAAGAGACGCACUUAAAGAGGCAGAUUUGGUGCUGCUGGCAGGCACGGUGUGUGACUUUAGACUGAGUUACGGCAGGGUCCUGAACAGACGCAGUAAAAUUAUUGCAGUCAACCGGGACAAGACUCAGCUACUGAAGAACUCUGACUUGUUCUGGAAGCCCACAGUGGCUGCUCAGGGUGACGUUGGUUCCUUCUUGCUGCAGCUGUCUAAAGGUUUGGUGGGACACAGAUGUCCUGAGGAAUGGGUUCGGAGCCUGAAGGAGCGGGGCGACGCUAAAGAGAAGACAAACAGAGUCAAAGCAAGUGAGAAGAUAGAGAGGCAUCUGAACCCUCUGAGUGUCCUGCACUGUGUGGACGAGCUGCUGGCUGAAGACAGUAUCAUGGUUGCAGAUGGAGGAGACUUUGUAGGCAGUGCUGCUUACAUAAUGAGACCACGAGGACCCCUGUGCUGGCUGGACCCAGGAGCUUUUGGGACUCUUGGUGUUGGUGGAGGUUUCGCCCUGGGAGCAAAGCUCUGUCGUCCCGACUCAGAGGUCUGGAUUAUUUAUGGCGACGGGUCUCUAGGUUACAGUGUGGCGGAAUUUGAUACGUUUACAAGACACAAGACUCCUGUAAUUGCACUAGUGGGAAAUGAUGCUUGUUGGAGUCAGAUCUCCAGGGAACAGGUUCCUCUACUGGGCAGCAAUGUAGCCUGUGGCCUUUCAUUUACAGAUUAUCACGUCGUUGCCGACGGCUUCGGUGGUAAAGGUUACCUGGUUGGACGAGAAGACGAGUCGCGUCUUAAAGACAUCGUUAUUGAAGCACAGAGAGAGUGUAAAGAAGGCAAGGCAGUGUUACUGAACGUGCUGAUAGGAAAAACUAACUUCAGGGACGGUUCUAUUUCUGUGUAGAGACCCUGUGUGCUGUCGGGGCUGAAAUCCUGAAAACAUUUCACUUGCUGGUGCUUUGUGUUGAAAUAUUACACAUUAAGCCUUCACAGCUAAAGGAGACGAAGACUGAACAUCUGCAUUGCUCUUAAUGUUGAUCAUUUCAAAAUAAUUAAGGGUGUUCUUCUUUUAGGUGUUUUUUAAAUUUCUUUUUUUGAAUGAUUUCUUAAAGAUUUACGACCUUUAGAAGCAAAAAAAAUGUUUUUAAAUCAAUAAUAAGUCAAUAAUAGAUUUUUUUAUCUCACAUUUGUAAUAUAAUAAUUAAGUUUUGAUUAAUCAGAAAGGGGUUAAUAAAAAAAAAAAAUAAUGGAUUAAUUGAUACAUUUGAUGUUUGACCAAAAUAGUAAAUGCAGCCAGAGCCCUGUGUAAAAUGAUUCCCAUGUAUUUACUGUACAAUAAUCUGUAAUGAAAAGCUUGCUGUGAAAAUGAAGUGAAACAAAACAAUAAAUAAUUCAGAACCAUGAA